UAAAUUAAAGCAUACCAUGGCGGAAAACAUGUCCGCAACUUUGUUCCAAUAGAGAAAAGGAAGCUUAGAUGGCGACGGGGUUCAAACAUUUCAUCUUCGAAUUGCUCGCUGGUUUGGCUCUUCUACUGGUGGUUCAUGGCCAGGACCAAUCAGGCUUCAUUAGCAUAUCUUGUGGGUUACCAGCGAAUUCUAGCUUCACGCAGGUUUUAACAGGCAUAAUUUACACUUCAGAUGCGGUCUUCAUAGACACAGGCACAAGUACGAGCAUAUCACCUGAUUUGAAAGCUAGCUUUCAACGAUACGUAUGGAAUCUCCGAAGCUUUCCUCAAGGAAACCGCAACUGUUACAGCAUAAACGUCACAAGAGGCACUAAAUAUUUGAUCCGAGCAGAAUUCUUGCAUGGGAAUUAUGAUGGAAAAGGUAAUUUACCAGAAUUCGAUUUGUAUCUUGGACCAAAUAUCUGGGAGACAGUCAGAGUGGAUAAUUCAUCGAUUUCUAUCGUCAAGGAGCUCAUACAUGUCCCGUCUCGAAACUAUUUACAUCUCUGUCUCGUAAACACGGGCCUUGGGACACCAUUUAUAUCAUCAAUAGAGUUAAGGCCAUUGUUAAAUACCACCUAUGUCACUGAAUCUGGAUCAUUGGCACUCUUUUGGCGGGUAGAUGUUGGUUCAAAUGAAGGAUACAGAAUAUUUAGGUAUCCAUACGAUGUUCAUGAUCGCUAUUGGGCGUCCUAUAACUACUUUUUGUGGACAACUUUAAGCACCAAUCUUACCGUUUACUCCCAAAGGCACAGUGAUUACCAACCACCAUCUGUUGUCAUGAGUACUGCCGUCACACCUUCAAAUGGUAGCGCUCCCUUGGCGUUCUAUUGGACCUCAGAUGCUGCAACUACCGAAUAUUAUGUCUACCUGCACUUUGCUGAAGUUGUAAAGCUCGAAGCCAACCAGUCCAGAUCAUUCAACCUUACCCUCAAUGGGAAGUACUGGUAUGGACCCCUUGUUCCCGAUUACUUAUCUACAACCACUCUGUAUAGCCCAUCGGCCAUAACUGGAUCAAAGAGAUAUGAAUUUUCAAUCUUCAAAACUGAAACUUCAACACUUCCACCCCUCAUCAAUGCGAUUGAGAUACACUCAGUGAAAUAUCUCUUGCAAUCAGAAACAGACCAAGGAGAUGUUGAUGCCAUCGCAAAAAUCAAGUCGACGUAUGGAAUAAAGAGAAUUUGGCAAGGAGAUCCGUGUGCCCCUGAAGGAUACUCGUGGGAUGGUCUAAAUUGUAGCUUUGAUGCUAAUACUUCUCCUAGAAUCACAUCCUUGAACUUGUCCUCCAGUGGACUAAUUGGACAGAUAUCUGCCGGCAUAUCAAACCUCGUAAUGUUGCAAUAUUUGGAUCUAUCUAACAAUAACUUAACUGGAUCGGUGCCUGAUUUUCUGUCUCAAUUACAAUACUUGAGGGUUUUAAACUUAGAACGAAACCAGCUGUCUGGUUCAGUUCCAACUCAACUAAUUGCAAGAUCAAACAAUGGUUCGUUAUCACUAAGUGUGGGUGACAAUCCAAAUCUAUGUGGAUCUGGUUCGUGCAAAACGAAGAAGAACAGUACCGUUGUUCCAAUAGUUGCAUCACUUGGGGGAUUGUUGAUCCUCUCUAUGAUUGUUGCUGCUAUCUUGUUUGGACUUAAAAGGAGGAGAAAACAACAAGUUACAAUGGUAGAGACUGAAUCCAAUAUUCAAAAUCCAUCAUUGGAAUCAAUACAACGACAAUUUACAUAUUCUGAACUCCAAAAAAUUACAAACAACUUUGAAAGUAUUCUAGGUAAGGGUGGAUUUGGAAAAGUUUACCGUGGCAAUAUCGAUGGCAUUCAGGUAGCAGUAAAGAUGCUCUCUCACUCAUCAAUUCAAGGGUUUCAGCAAUUUCAAUCAGAGGUUAAACUUCUUAUGAGGGUUCAUCAUAGAAACAUAACUACUCUUGUUGGGUAUUGCUAUGAAGGAACUUACAUGGGGCUCAUUUAUGAGUACAUGGCCAAUGGAGACUUAGAACAACAUCUUUCAGGUGAGAAGGCAAAAAUCUUGAGUUGGGAAGAUAGACUCCGAAUAGCGACUGAUGCAGCACAAGGAUUGGAGUAUAUGCACCAUGGUUGCAAGCCGCCUAUAAUUCACAGGGAUGUGAAGUGCACAAACAUCUUGUUAAAUGAAAAUUUUCAUGCCAAACUAGCUGAUUUUGGGCUGUCCAAAUUUUUCCCCACCGAUGGCGGCACUCAUGUGUCGACCCGUGUUGCUGGAACCCCUGGGUAUCUGGACCCCGAGUACUACAUAUCAAAUUGGUUAACUGAGAAAAGUGAUGUUUAUAGCUUUGGAGUUGUUCUUUUAGAGAUAAUCACAAGUCGACCAGCAAUAGAAAAAUCCCAAGAAAGGACUCACGUAAGUCAAUGGGUGAAUUUCUUGCUUGAGAAAGGGGAUAUAAUUAAUAUUGUUGAUCCAAAGUUGCGUGGAAAUUUCAACAUAAACUCUGCUUGGAAAUUUGUUGAAUUAGCAAUGGCUUGUGUGUCUCCUACUUGUGCUGAAAGGCCAACAAUGAGGGAGGUCGUGGCGGAACUAAAUGAGUGUUUAGCAACUGAAUUAGCUCGCACAAAGAAGGGCCAUGAAUCACAGGAUUCAAAUGAGAUUAUGAACAUGAAUCUUACUAUUCAACUCAGUCCUUUAGCACGUUAAAUCGUUGUCUAAUUUUGAAAUCUGUAUUUUGGAUCUUGAACAUUUUUUUUCUUUGUAUAUAUAACUUUUUGUCAAUGCGUAUUGUACUUCAAUGAAUCAUCCAUGAUGGUUCUAAUGGACUAUUUGUUUGUAAUAUUUACUAAAUUUAUAAUCAUUGUUGAUCCAA